AUGGACAUAGAAAAUGCGCAAAUACAUUUAAGUGAACUACAAGAAGAACGACGAAAACAUAAAAUAGCAUUACCAAGUAUUCUAAAAAAUAAAAUAAUAAUAAAAGAAAAUGAUAUAAUCUUAAAUAAUAAUGAAAAGGAAUUAGAACAAUAUUUUCCUAAUAUAAUUAAAAACCCUUUAAUCACAUUGGAAAUAGAUAGUACAAGUUUGGAAAAUUAUAAUGAACACAGUUGGUAUAAAACAAUGUCAACAAACAUAUCGGAUCCUAUUUCUAAAGACAAUAGUACAUCUAAUUCAUUUAUUAAAGAAAUGAUAAAUAUAUAUAAUGAUGAUGAUAUAAUAAAAAUAGGAAUUUUGUUUGUUGGUUUACAAGCCCCAGGGGGGCAUAAUGUUAUUUGCGGGACUUUAGAUUAUUUAAAAAAAAAAAAUAAAAAAAAUAUAUUAUAUGGAUUUAUAAAUGGAUUUGAUGGAAUUAAUGAAUAUAAUUUUAUGGAAUUAAAAAAUGAAUACAUUAGUAUGUUCAGAAAUAGUGGCGGGUUUGAUAUGAUAAAUAAGGGUGUCAAAAAUAUGCAAGAAAAUCACGUAAAUAUAAAAAGAUGUUUUAAAAUAUGUAGACAUUUAGAUCUAAAUGGAUUAAUAAUAGUUGGGGGGGUGGAUACUAGUAAAGAAAUAGCUAUAUUAUCUGAAUAUUUUGAGUUUGUACAUAAUUCUGUGAAAAAACAAAAUCAUGAUUCAGAUAUAUUAUCUGUAACUGACACAUCUAAUAUUACAAACAAUAAUAAAAAUAAAUUGUCUUCGCCUAUAUUUAUAGAAAAUCAAAAUAAUGAAUAUAUAGAUGAUAACACAUAUCAUCAAUAUGAUACAUAUAAUAUUGUAAGCGAUAUAAGCGAUGAAGAAGUUAAAAAAAAAUAUCCCAAAAAAAUUAGAAGAAUUAAAAAAAAAACAAAAAUAAUAAGCGUGCCGACAAAUAUACAUAAUGAAAUAAAAAGCGAUUUAGUUGAAUGCUCCUUAGGUUUUGAUACAACAAUUUUUACAACUUGUCAAUAUAUAAGUUAUUUAAUGUCAUAUAUACAAACAUAUAAAACAGGAUAUCAUUUUGUUAAAGUAGUUGGGAACAAAUCCAGUCAUAUAGCUUUAGAAUGUUUCCUUCAAACAAAAGCUAAUAUUGUUUUAAUAUCUGAAGAAAUUAAAAAAAAAAAAAUGACAUUAAAUGAUAUAGUAAAUUUCAUUACUGAUUCCAUAAAAAUAAGAUAUAAAAAUGGAGAAAAAAAAUAUGGUAUUAUAAUAAUUCCUGAAGGUAUUUUGAAAAAUGUUCAAGACAUUAAAAAUUUAGUAAAUUUGUGUUUAUAUUUUAAAACUCAAUUCAUUAAAAAUGAAAAUAUUAAUUCAGAAAAUAAUAAAGAUUACAAUCCUAAUUUGGAAUAUCUAUAUUCCCCUUCCAAACAAAUUAUGAGCACAUUUAAAACUUAUAUUUAUACUAACAUGGAUAAAGAAAAUUUAAAUCUUUUUCAAUCUUUUCCUUUAUUUUUUCAAAACCAAUUUUUGGUAGAAAUAUUUUCAGACAGUUUUCAAUACACUAAUCUGGGAGUUGAAAAUCUAUUAGCCUUUUUAGUUAAAAAACAAAUUGAAGCCGAAAUUGAAGAAAUAGAGUUGGUUACAAAUUGUUAUGGAAAUGAAGUCACAAGUGCAUUACCAACAAAUUUUGACUGCGCUUAUAGUUACAUACUAGGAUUUGGAUGUGUCGAAAUGGUAAUAAAUAAAUAUAACGGAUAUAUGUGUUCUGUGAUAAAUUUGAAAAAUAUACUUUCUAAUGUAAACAAGAUUAAAAUUAUGGGAAUUCCAAUUUAUAAAUUUAUUAAAAUUGGAAAGAAAGAAAAGACAAAUUGUUGUGAAAAUGAUAAUUAUAAUAAACUUUUUAUGGAAAGAACAAAUCUAGGAAUAAAAACAAAAACAAAAAAAGUAAACCUUAAUGAUGAAUAUUUCUUAAAAUAUAAAAUGUGCAGAUCUAAAUAUUUGGAGGGUGAUAAUUAUCGAAUACUAAGUGGUAUACAAUAUAAUUACUACAUAAAAGGUGAUAAUGAAAAGUUAUUUUCUUAUUAUAAGUCAGGAAAUAAAAUAUCUACUAAUGAUAAUAUAUUAAUAUAUAAAUCCAAAAUGGAAAAUGAAAUAUGUAACAGAAUAAAUUUUACAAUAACAGGUAUACAUAAUGAUAUAGAAAAUUUUGAAAAAAAAGAUGAAAUGGAUAUUCAUAAUUUAGACAGAAAAAAUGAACAAAAUUUUAAUUGUAAUUAUUAUAAACAUUUGAACAGUUUAUCAAAAGUUGAAGAUAUAUUAACAAAAGGAAUCAUAAAAUUUAAUACCAAUUUAAUAAGGCACAAUACAACUAUCCAAGUUAUAGAAAAUAAUUUUGGAAAUAAAAUAAAUUGUGAUACAUUUAAUUAUAUUAACAAAAUAACUGAUUUUUAUAUUAUAUCAGAAAAUCCAAUAAACACAAAAAUCAUGUCAAAAGAAAUGUCCAAAAAUAUAAAGAACAAAUAUUAUAGUAGCUAUACGAAUCGAAACGACUCUAUUUAUCCACCUUUUUGUAAAAAUGUAGGAGUUGUUAUGUUAUCACAUGUAGUUCCAGGAGUGAAUAAUGUUUUAGUUGGGUUACAUCAACGAUUGUCUAUUAAUAAUUUAAAAUUAAUUGGAUUCAUAAAAGGAAUAAAAGGGCUGUUAAACAAUGAAAUAUGCAUAAUAAAUGAUAAUAAUAUAAAGACCUCAAUAAAUUUAGGUGGAUUUCCAUUAUUAGGAAGUCAAUUAUCUUACAAUACAAAUGAUAAUGAAGUUGUACAUAUAUAUAAUCUUUUUAAUUCAGAUAACAUAGAUAAAAUUAUAAAGACAUGUGAAAAUAAUAAAAUAAUUAAUUUAGUUUUUAUUGGUGAUGAAAAAGUUAUAUCAAUUAUGAAUAUACUUAAUGAAAUAUUUAUAAAAAAAAAUAUAAAUAUAAAAAUAAUAACUGUUCCUAUAUCUAUUUAUAAUAGUUAUGAUAAAAAUUUAAUAGAGUGUAGUAUAGGAUAUCAUACAACAGUUAAUAUUAUUAGUAACAUAGUUAGUAACAUACAGCGUUGUUCUAUAAACUUAAACAAAUAUUAUUAUUUUGUUAAAAUACCAGCUAAUAUAUCAUCUUCUUUGUUGUUAUCUAUUCAAUUAGAAACACAUUGUAAUAUAUGCUGUAUUGGUGAACCUGUAGUAGCAGGACAUCUUAUAAAUUUACUUACUAUAGUUGAGCAUAUGUCUUUAGUUAUUAUUGAAAGAAUAAAUAGAAAAAAAAACUAUGGAGUUAUUUUGUUAACUUCAAAUUUAUUAUUUUGCAUUAAAGAAUUUGAUGAUUUAUGCAAAGAUGUUGAUAAUAAUGUGAAAACAGAAAUGGAAGUCGCACAGAUUGUAAACCAGGAGUUUGUUUCUGACCAGCUCGAAAAAUUGCUGACAAAAGAAAGCAUCGAAUUAUUGAAAAUAUGCACCAAGUCAGUUAAAGAAAAAUUGCUAAUAAAAGAAAAACGGUUGAACGAAGAUAUAGAUUCUGAUUUCGAAAUACUGCUAAUAAAUGAAAUUAAAAAAUAUAUAAAAAAUUUAAUGGAUAAAAAUAAAAAUAAUAAUUUAUUAUAUUCAUAUAAAAACCAUAUGAAUAAUUUAACAAAUACAAUAACAGAAAAAAAUAUCAAAAUAUAUAGUGAUAUUAAUUAUUUAUUUUAUUUUAAUACAAUUGUUAAAAAUAUCGACAAAGAAGUUAAUUGCUCUAUGCCUACACAUUUUGAUAAUUCAUUAGCUUUUUCCCAUGGUUUGUUAGCAGGAAUAGCUGUUGAAAAUAAUUUGGUUAAUUAUGUAACAUCAGUUAGACAGUUAAGUUUAAGCAAACAAAAUUGGAGCAGCUCUUUAUAUCCUGGGUAUUAUUUUAUAAACAAUCAGAAUGAUUUGGAAAAGUUCAAAAAGUACCACUACGUUUCCCCUGUUCCCAUAUCAAUGAAGUCAUGCCAAAUGGUGACUAUCAAGUACAAUGCAAAUAUGUGGGCAUACAACGAUAGUUACAUAUAUGUAGGCCCAGUUCAGUAUGAUACAAAUUUGGAUACUCCUGGAUACACAUAUAUGUUUUGA